UUUCGUGAUCAAAUCACGAUGUGCACAAAGAUUGCCUUGCACUGCACAAACGAUCUGCCUAUCGACCGUCCAAGUAUGCGGGAUGUCCUCGACAUGUUCAGUCGGGCUUAUUCCAUCGAGCCAGCGAGAUCCUUGAGAUGAGUCACCACGAGCAAGCAACACCUGUAUGCUCCCCAUUCGCUACACGUGGGUGUUCUGGAUGGCAAACACGUCGCGAGGUUGAUGGUUUGCGUGUUGGUACCCUGUCGGCGGUUUACUUUCCAGCUUGUUGGGUCGCAGCGAUGGAGGCGACACAGGACUUCACAGCUCGUAACGUUCUUCUCAGGCAGAUGCUGUCAGCUGGGAUAGCUGGGACUCUGGCGGACGGAAUCACAUAUCCGAUGAUGACUGUGAAAUCGCGCAUGAUGGUCCAAGGGUCCGCUGGCGCAGGAAACUCUGGUGCUGUGCUGUAUAUGUACAAAGGGCCAAUGCAUGCGAUCCAGACCAUCGCAAGCCAAGAGGGUUGGAGAACCUUGUACAAGGGAUAUGCGACGCUUACUCAGGUUGCCACUGCGCAAGCACUGUAUAUGGCGACUUAUCAGACGACAAAGCGAAUUGUUCCAGGUGGGCAGGAUAAUCCCGUGGUUCAAUUCGGCGGUGGAUUAGCCGCGACACUUGUUCAAUCGCUCAUUAACGUACCUGUGGAGAUCAUUAGGCAGAGACAAAUGGUUCAAAGAGCGGGAGAAGGCUCUUACAAGGGCUCGCUAGACACGGUGAAGAUAGUAUACAGGCAAGAAGGUUUCGCCGCUCUUUACAGGGGUUUUCUCCUGGCACAAAUGGUUUGGGGACCUUACAAUGCCAUAUACUUGCCAUUGUGGGAGACGUGCAAACGUUUUGCUGCACGCUACUCGCAAGUAGACAGCGUAGAGAAGCUCGACAUCGGAUAUGAGCUUGGGAGCUCCUUCUUCAGUGCCUCGGUCGCAGCAGCGAUUACAAAUCCCAUGGACGUGAUCAAAACGAGAUUGCAAGUCCAGGGAAAGAGCAACGUCUCAAACUCGACGAACUAUAACGGGGCUGUGGACGCAGCCAAGGCAAUCUGGAAACGCGAGGGAUUCAAAGGCUUCACUUGCGGCAUCACGUCCAGGAUGUUCUGGGUGGCUCCGUCCAGCAUGAUCAUGUUCACGACAUACGACCAGAUCUUCAAGCGCUUGAAUCGAUCAUAGUGAAGGCUAUCAGAAACAGUGUCAAGGUUCUUUGGUUCUUUUGAAACAAAACAAUUCUUUUUUGUUC